AUGGUCUCCCCUCGAGCACGAUCAAGACCCUUGCUGAUCGACCCCUCUGCCUUGUCACCGAUCGAAUACGAGGCUUACUCGAUCUUGGUCAAUCAUGAACAUCACCGACCUGGACGACUCGAGGAGCCAGAGCAGCAAGGCGCAGAGCAGAUAUCACGAUUUGGCACCAGUACAACGCCUUCGGGGGUUUGGCAAGUCCUCAAGAGAUGGAUCAAAGUCGAUGUUGAUCCAAAGGUUGAGAAACAGGUGCGUACACGCUGUGUGAGAUGGGCGGGGUCUAUGUGGAUUGAGGCAGUGCCGCGACGGACUCGAGCUUCGGUCUCGAGCACACCGAACUCGGGCUGUCGGAGGGCGUGUUAUGCAACUUGGGUUGAUGGGUGGGAGCUCGCGAGGUGCGGACAAGAUCAAAGAUCAUUUGAUGGGCAUCACUCGAUUUGGUCGGACGAGACCAUCUCCAACAAGCUCUUUCCGUGGCCGAGCCCACCAGCGACUGUCGUGCUGAUGUCGUCCUGCUCCCUCCCCUCCCGCGGAAUAUCUUUCCCACUCGGCUUCAAUGCAGAUCCUCUCCUUCUAUCGCGAACCAUCAGCAACUCAGACCGACUCGUCAGAUGGGGAGGGCGCCCCUCUUCACCUCAUGCUUGGCAUGCUCCGAUUAUGGUCCCACUCGUCGACGAACCGGGUCCUCACGCGUGAUCUAGCCUUCAUCCAGAACGAUGAGCCCGCGCAAUUGUUUGUGCCUGCUCCUUCUACCAAAAUCUCCUCAGUCGAGCAAAAUUCCUCUUCGAGUCCGACCUCACCUCCCAUUGCGACGGCUUCGUCGAAUCCCUUCCGCAUCACCCCUGUGGCCAGCCCCUCCCCGCCCCCACAUCCGGCUGCCGCCGCCAAGACCGUGGAGCAAGAUAUCACUACGCCUAGCCUUGUGCCCGUCCCCGUCGGAAGUGCUAGUCGUGGCCCACCACCUUCCUUGCCUGCCAAGAGGAUCGUCAGCGAAUCCGGAGUAGCUUCUGCCAAGAGGGAAACGAACCCCUUCCGAUCAUCGGCAUCGCCUUCAACUUCGACCACCGUAACUCCAAGAGCUGUGCCGAACCAACCCAAAGAUGCAGCGACCUCUUCAACAAUCCCAUUUCCACCCUCACUACCGCCGAGAAGACCUGCUGUUGUUUCUCCAAUCGAACCACCCCCUCGUCGAGUCUCACUCAAAAAGACCGCCGAUUCACCGUCCAAACCCCGAGUCUCAUCUUUGUCCAUGACCCACCGACCGGGAGGAGCUGCCCCCAAUCCUCCUCCAACACAUCGCGCCACUUCUUCCACCCCGACUAUGUCGUCCAGAACGCCCCACAUCUCAACGAGCGGCUACAACCCUUUAUCAGAUACCUCGAGCCCAGUCGAACCUCUCAUCAAAACCCGCAACUCAUCCUCCUCGUCCAAAUUGACCGGCUCGACGCACAUCGGUCUCGAGAGCUCAGUCCGACUUCUUCCGACGACCGACGAAAGUCCUCAUCGACUGACAACACGUAUGGCCCGUUCCAAUUCGGCCAUCUCGAAUGCCUCGUCGACGACGUCGAACCCGGAUGUUGUAGGGACGUAUGACGGUCGAAUCGUUUAUGAACGACCUUUUCCGAGAAAGGUCUCGUCCCCAAAGACAGCUUAUUCCACUUCGCGUGGGAUGGGAAUCACUUCGAAGGAUCUGGCGGUCGAAGGCAUGGAGCUUGAAGCCAGCAGUAGCGAUGAUGUCGACGACGAAGACGAACUAGAUCGAGCCACGGUCCUUACGGAUCCAUUACCUACUCGAUCGAGGUUCGAAAGUUUCUCAAAAGGGGAGACGAUCCGACCUGAUCAACUCCGUAAUCAAGCACCUCUUCAACCCCCUCCAAGACGAGUCAUCACUGCACCUAGUAGCUUCCCAUUCUUUAACCUCGACGACAAAGACGAUGAUCAAGAUAUUCCUUCAGGAUGGGGCGCAUCAGCAUCCACCCUUGCUCGAUCAGCGACCCAUUCAGGGGCAUCUACUUCUCGACGUAGAUCGGACCUUCCCAAAGGAGUGGUGAGGCCGAUUCCUCAGAGAGCCAAUUCGUUGUCGGUCGGUGUGCAAAGGAGGAAAGGAUUGGGCGGGAAUGAGGCGCCUGGUUCGUGGACACAGGCUGCGAGAGAAGGGGAGGAGUGGAUGAAUAGGGCUAAAGAGGGGAUUGUGAGGAGGACGUCGAGGGGGAUCGAUUUGAUCAUUACGACGACGGGGUCAUCGAAGAGGGAGAGAGGGGAACCGUUGGUCGGAGCUGGCACUGAUGAUGAUGAGGAGGAGGAAGGGGUGUUCAGGGACCAGCCUGAGAUAGGGAGGGUCGUGGCCUCCGAAGGGGAGGAGGAUAGCGAUGACGAUGAUGGAGGCAGAGUCGAACCUGAGCCUCCUGAGAGGGUCAAGAGAAAAACGGCGGAAGAGGUGAGGAGAGAAGUUGAGAGGGAGGUCAAGAAGAGUCAGGAAAUACUUGGGGCGGAGUGGGAGUAG